AUGUUUUUCAAUGGAGCUUCGAACGCCUUAGGGCAUGGCAUAAGAGCCGUGUUAGUAUCACCAGAAGGAGAUCAUUAUCCCGUCAUAGCCAAACUCAACUUCUAUUGCACCAAUAAUGUGGCUGAAUAUGAAGCUUGUGUCAUGGGUCUUCAGGCAGCAAUCGAGAGGAAAAUUCACGUUUUGGAAGUGUAUGGGGAUUCUGCUUUGAUUUGCUUCACCCAUUUGCCCCGAGAGGAGAAUCAAAUGGCUGAUGCAUUAGCCACACUGGUAGCAAUGUUCAACGUUGGUACCGAUGUCAAGAUUCAACCCAUCAUGAUUAAUCUUCGAGAGUGCCCCGCACACUGCUCCAGUGUAGAGGAAGAAGUAGACGGGAAACCAUGGUACCAUGAUAUUGUGCAUUAUCUCAAGUUUCAGCAAUAUUCGAAACAAAGCUCAGAAAAUGAUAAGAAAACCAUUAGAAGGUUGACAAUGAAUUUCUUCUUGGAUGAUGACAUCUUAUACAAGAGAAGUAGGGAUCAAGUGCUUUUGAGAUGUGUGGAUUCAGCCGAAGCUCGGAGAAUAGUUGAGGAAGUUCACGAAGGAAUUUGUGGGGCACAUGCAAGUAGGCAUAUGUUGGCAAGACAGGUCAUGAGAGCAGGGUUAAUAACCCCGAAGGCAUCAAAUGGGCAUCGGUUUAUUCUGAUAGCGAUUGACUACUUCACUAAGUGGGUAGAAGCAGCAUCCUAUGCCAAUGUGACCCAGAAAGUGGUAUGUAAGUUCAUCCAAAAAGAAAUAAUAUGCCGUUAUGGUCUCCCGGAAAGGAUCAUCAUAGAUAAUGCUAGUAACCUCAAUGGUUCAAUGAUGAAAGAGGUUUGUGCCAAGUUCAAGAUCAAGCAUCACAAUUCAGUGCCUUAUCGCCUAAAAAUGAAUGGAGCGGUAGAAGCAGCCAACAAGAACAUCAAAAGGAUAAUUGAAAAGAUGACAAAUGUAUACAAAGAUUGGCAUGAGAAGUUACCCUUUACUUUGCAUGCUUAUCGCACAACAGUCUGA